UGUAUAUGAUCUCUGCCUAUACUUAUGCUACAGUAUGUGUGUGUGUGUUAGAGAGAGAGAGAGAGAGAGAGAGAGAGAGAUGUGUGUGAUUUGGGGAAAUGGGAAAAUUUUGUUGUUAUUUAGGAAAGAAUUACGGCCCCUUGUUUAUAUUUAGCAAUCUUGCAUGCCCUCUUCCAGCAAGAUCCAAGUCUUCUACUAUACAAACUUCUCUCUCUCUCUCUCUCUCUCUCUCUCUCUCUCAAUCUCUCUCUCCUCGUUUCUCUCUCAUAAAAUAGAAUCAUGAGGGCAACAAGCAUAUGUUGCUUUCUUGUAUUGCUUCUGCACAUUAUCCUUUCUUUGCCUAAUGGCGGUUCAACCGCCAGAAUAUUUCACUCUCCACAUGCUUUUGCUGCUGCUGCUGGCACACUCCUAAAUACCAAGCCACUGCAAACAACUCAUCAGACCUCACUCCAGAAGGGCAUGAUUAUGAAGAAGAGAGUGGAAUUAGUAGUGAGAGAGGGAGGGGCAAAAAGGGAAAUGCAAAGAGCAGGGUCAAGCCCGCCGAGCUGCGAGCACAAGUGCUACGGUUGCAUGCCGUGUGAAGCUAUUCAGGUGCCCACCACCACGCUCCAGUACACCAAUUACGAGCCCGAGGGCUGGAAAUGCAAGUGUGGCCCCACCUUCUACACCCCCUAACUACUAUUUUUAUUAUUUUGUAAUAUAUUAUUAUUAUUAUUAUUAGUUGUAGGAGAAAUUUUGCCCUUUUUUUUUUUUUUUGCAAUUAUUUUAAGGAUUUUUUUCUGCUGAUUAAAACUUUGUUAUGAAUCUGUUCUGAAAUGUGUGAAAAGGUGGGUUAACGCAAA